AUGGCGGCACCCCCCGACUCCCAGCUAACGGUGGGGCCCUGCGGCCCCGAGAUAACGGUGGGGCUCCGCGCCUCUGAACCAACGGCCGUGCUCUGCGCCUCUGAACCAACGGCCACACUCUGCGCCUCUGAACCAACGGCCGCACCCCGCACCUCUGAACCAACGGCCGCACCCCGCGCCUCUGAACCAACGGCCACGUUCCGUGCUUCCUUUAGCAGCCCGUCCCAAAACGACAGCUUUUUCCCCGUAGAUGGGGGCCCCAGUACAAUUAUCCCAUACCUCCAGGUGGAAGAUAUCCUCCGGAUGCCUGAUCACCCCAGCGCACAGGAGCCUCGACACUGCGAGGACAAAAUCACCUGGCUCACAAUCUAUGCCCCAGUCUCUGUGAAUUUUAAAAAUGACCUUAACAAGGGGCUCCAUCCUCUCCACUGCUGGCUACCGACGCGAGACUUCCUCCUUCACCAGGUCCUGGCGCGAGACUUCCUCCUUCGCCGCUCCUGCUGCCACGCCGAGCUCCGCCCCUCCUGCGACUCCGCCCCUCGCCGCCGCGAGUCUCCAGCCGGACACGCCCCCCAUUUCCCCGUCGGACGCCGCCGCUCCGGUACCCGCGGUCCUGCUCGCCCCUGCCGCCCCGCCCCCCGCCCUCGCGGUCCCGACACCCGCCCCCCGGCCCUGGCCAACCCCCGGCCCCUCCCACCGCUCCCGCAUCCCCGCCUUUGCCAUCCCGUCGGUCCCGGCUGUCCCGGGCCCCGCCCCUCAAUCCCGCCCACCGGCGUCACCGGCCCCGCCCCCUCCUGCCGCCGCCGCUCCCCCCCCCCCCCCGUUCCCCGCGAGUGCGGCCGCUCCCGCCCCCCCCACGUCCCCCUCGCCCCCUUUGCCGACACAGCGGGGCCGGUGCUGGCCCAGGUCCCGUCGCUGCUGCUGCGUCUCUGCAGUUCCCUGCGGCUCCCGGAUCUGCGGUGCCGAGCGCUCCUGGCGCGGCCGCGCUGCGCCCCCUGCGGACGCUGCCGCGGGAAGCUCUGCCCCCCCACCCUCGCGUUCCAGUGCACGCCGCACACCCCGAGCUGCCCACGGGCCCCGUGGCAGUGCAAACGCCCCCGGCUGACCCCAUCCCUGCCAGCGUUCCGGCGCAAUCCCCCGGUCCCGGCACGGCACCGCUUGCGCUGGGACCGGAGCGCCCCAGGCCGCCCAGCCCCCCCGUGCCGGCGCCGCGGCGUCCGCACCGGUGGCUGCAGCCUCUGCCGUGCCUGCCGCCGCUCCAGCGCUGCCUCUGCCGUGCCUGCCGCCGCUCCAGCGCUGCCUCUGCCGUGCCUGCCGCCGCUCCAGCGCUGCCUCUGCCGUGCCUGCCGCCGCUCCAGCCCCGCCUCUGCCGUGCCUGCCGCCCCUGCCCGCCGGACCAGCAGCCACCCCAGCUCCCAGCGGCUGCACGCCGCGGCCCCCCCGCCGCCUCCACGCCGCUCCUCCCGCCGCCACCCGGGAUCAUCUCCCGCUGACGAGGCCGCCCCGCCGCCGCCCGUGGUCGCUUUCUCGCUCCUGCCGCCGCCGCUCCAUGGCGGGCGGAGCCGCGCCUUCCCCAGCGCAGCCCCCCGCUUCAGAGUUGCUGGAUAGCGCGGCUCCGCCGCCUCCUGCAACCACGGACGUCCCGGCGUUCCUUGCCGCGGCCGCAGUCGCAGCCCCGGCUCCCGUUUCCGCAGCGCCGCCGCCUCCCGCACACCCCGGCCCGCCCGCCGCCGCCGCCGGCGCCAUCAGGGCUGUCCCCCCCGCUGCCCUAGUGCCGUAAUCCACGCAUGCGCAGUUGCUACAACCCCCGUACCAGCGAUAUCACUCCGCGCCGACUCAUCCAACCACAGCGCCGCUUCCGGGAUCAGCCGCACGCAUGCGCAGUUCUAUUUGCACGGCGCGCCGCCGCCACCCCGCACUGCUUUGGCCGCCGCUUUGGUACAGCGUGGUCCCGGUUCCGAGCCGCUGCGUGCCGCUGUCCGGACACAGCCGGCAUCCCUGUGCGCUGGAACGGGGCUUCCGCCGCCACCGGGUGACGGAGAUCGGGAAGGACGUGCUGGGGCUGCGCAUCAGCCCCCUCCAGUUCCGCUAGGAAUUCUCCUGGAGAAGGAAAUUCCCAGUCCCCCACCCCAGCUUUCCCCCCACUCCCUCCCCUUGGCCAUUCCCAUCCUCUCUUCCCGGUUUUUCCCCACUCUGGAAUGCCAGAUUGGGGUUUUUUUCCCCCACAUUUAGCAGGAUUUUUUUUUCCUUGUUCCCAAGCGGUUUUCCUGUGCUUUUAUCCCAGUUUUUUUCCAGAGGGGGAAGGGGGGGCCUCUUCCCAAAUCCUGGUUGUGACACAACCACCUCUGCUCCCCUUAAAAUCCUAAAAAAUUGCUCAAAAAAAACUGGGAUUGGCUCUGUAAAUCCCGAAUCCAGGGAAAUCCUGCUCCCUCUGGAAGUGUCUCUGUGUUUGUUGAUUCCUCCUGUUGUCGCCAUGGCAACUCAGUGAGCUUCCCAUUGUUAAUAAAGUUCAUUAAUGACCUGGA